GAAUCGUAGAUGGCGUACCUAACGCCUUGAUUUUUGCACGAUUGGUAUUUGAAAGCGUGGAACGCGAAAUUCCGUUGAAUGUUGCGUCUCUGCAUCUCCUCCGUGAUAUUGAAUCUGUUCUGUGCUUGUCCGAUCCGUAGAGGAAUACGUUGAUUGACUUUAUUUUGUACGUACGUAUCGUAUACGCGUCUGUCAUCCGCGCAUUAUUUAACGCGAGUGAAUGAAAUAAUUUUUAUCGGUAAUAAGGGCAACGAUCGAUAUAGAUUGCAUCACUUGUGAUGUCUGUUUAAGAAGAACGCCAUUGAUUUCACCGUUCACGAUAUUUAUACCUGUGAACGUGUUUUAUUAAAAAUUGAAAUUAUUUUAUUUUAAAAUUAUGGAUUUAUUACCAGGACAUAAUUCGAUGUUUUGGAAAAUUGGUAGAUUAAAAACGUUUGAAAAUUGGCCGUUUCAAUCUUCUGACAAUUCGUGCAAUCCCGAGCGGAUGGCUGCUGCCGGUUUUUAUGUAGUGGGUGGUAAGGAAGAACCCGAUUUGGUUGAAUGUUUUAUUUGUUCCAAACAACUUGAUAGUUGGGAUCCGGAUGAUGAUCCUUGGAAUGAACACAUGAAACAUGAGUCGCAAUGUUCCUUUAUUAGAUUGGGAAAAUCGGAUGAGACUACUUGGACUGUGAAUGAAUUAUUCGAUUUGUUUAAAAAAUAUAUGGUUAAGGAAUGCAUACACGAGUGGGUACGCGCCGAUACAUGGCUCCAGAAGUUUUAGAUGAAACUUUAAACACAUCUUCUUUUGACGCUUUCAAAAUGGCAGAUAUGUAUUCUGUUGGUCUCGUACUUUGGGAAACUUGUAGAAGAUGCAUCACAGGUGGCAAAAAUUCUAUAGUGGAACCAUAUGCUUUACCAUACCAAGAUGUUGUUCCAAGUGAUCCAGAUUUUGAAGAUAUGCGGUUAGCAGUUUGUGUAAAACGAUUACGUCCAAUAAUACCAGCACGAUGGGAAAA